GCUGCAGGGAGAAUGGAAGGUAUAGCGGCGAGAGGGGUGGACGUGCGGUCCCGUGCCAAGCAGUAUGAGAAGCUGGAUUUCCUAGGCGAAGGGCAGUUUGCCACUGUUUAUAAAGCCCGAGACAAGAAUACUGAUAGAAUUGUGGCCAUUAAAAAGAUUAAACUGGGGCAUAGAGCAGAAGCUAAUGAUGGGAUAAACAGAACAGCGCUGAGAGAGAUAAAGCUACUACAGGAGUUAAGCCAUCCUAAUAUCAUUGGGCUACUGGAUGCUUUUGGACACAAAUCCAACAUAAGCCUGGUGUUUGAUUUUAUGGAGACGGAUCUUGAGGUCAUAAUAAAAGAUACCAGCUUGGUAUUAACUCCAGCUCAUAUUAAAUCAUACAUGCUGAUGACUCUUCAAGGCUUGGAAUACUUACACCAUCUCUGGAUCCUCCAUAGAGAUUUAAAGCCGAAUAAUUUGUUGCUGGAUGAAAAUGGGGUCCUUAAACUUGCUGAUUUUGGUCUUGCAAAGUCAUUUGGGAGUCCAAACAGAAUAUAUACUCAUCAAGUGGUAACAAGGUGGUACCGAUCUCCUGAGUUGCUGUUUGGUGCUAGAAUGUAUGGUGUGGGAGUUGACAUGUGGGCAGUUGGCUGCAUCUUAGCUGAGCUGCUACUUCGGGUGCCUUUUUUACCUGGGGAUUCUGAUCUAGACCAGCUAACGAGAAUAUUUGAAACUUUGGGAACACCAACUGAAGAGCAGUGGCCGGGCAUGUCCAGCCUUCCAGACUAUGUUGCCUUUAAAAGUUUUCCAGGGACACCACUGCACCUCAUUUUUAUUGCUGCUGGCGAUGAUCUUCUUGAACUCCUGCAAGGUUUAUUUACCUUUAAUCCGUGUGCAAGAUGCACAGCAUCCCAGGCACUUCGAAAAAGGUAUUUUAGCAACAGACCGGCACCAACCCCAGGAAACUUGUUGCCAAGACCCAAUUGUUCUAUAGAAGCAUUAAAGGAGCAGCAAAAUCUCAACCUGGGAAUAAAGAGAAAGCGGACAGAAGGCAUGGAUCAAAAAGACAUUGCUAAGAAGUUGAGUUUUUGACUCCAGACAAUGUAGACCAUACGCCAAGCCUGAGAGAAAACUGCUGCUAUAAACAGAGACGUCAGAGACCGGUCCAUGAAAUGAACUAAAACUUGUAAUAUAUGUAAAUACUGAGUUGCGUGAUCCGUAACAGAACUAGUCAUUAAAAUAAUACUUUCUAAAAUAAGGGUUUUGUUUUGACAAUUUGGUUUAUUUAGGACUGUGUGAAGGCACAUUCUCCCUAACCUGCAACUGUACUUGUAGAACAUUUCUCAACUGAUCGGAAUAGAUGCACAAAGGUUUAAAGGAGAUGGAGACUUAAAAUACACUUUGUUAGUAACAUGGUGAAGAGCAGCUUUUUUCCUGUGUUUUUAUAUAAAAUCUAAUGAAGCUACAGACUUCAUCGGUGGGUUGUACUAGUUAGGUAUGGCCAGCCAUUUCCAUAACAGGGAUAGGUCAGCUGAUUUUCUUAUCGCCUAUACAGAUCUAUCCAGUCUACACUAUCCCCCCUAGACUAUGAUAAUUUAGGUAUUCCCUUCCAAUAAAAACAAUUGUGCAGUGAACAUGGAGGGUAUAGUAGCCCUUUAUUCAUGCAGGAAUAGCCUGUCUGUCGACGUCAAUAAUCCAAAAUACUGAUGGUUUUCUGUAGUAGCAGAAUCUUACAUCUGCUGAAGAGAGCUUUUAAAUGUAAAAGCGGUAUAUACAGGUAUGGGACCUGUUAUCCAGAAUGCUCGGCACCUGGGGUUUUCAGGAUAACUGAUCUUUCUGUAAUUUGGAUUUUUUUUUCCCACUUGAAGUGAGAGCUGCCAUCAUAAUUGUUACUCAGAACAGGCUUUUUUCCAAAUUCCUUUGUACACUCAUACUAUAUAUUUAUAAACUGUAGAUGAGAUUGCACUCUCUUUACAUUUACAUUGCACUCUUUACUUUACGGGGCACAUUUACCUAGGGUCGAAUAUCGAGGGUUAAUUAACCCUCGAUAUUCGACCGUCGAAGUAGAAUCCUUUGAAGUCGAAGGAUUUACCGCUAUUCCUACGAUCGAAGGAAUAAUCCUUCGAUCGAACGAUUAAAUCCUUCCAAUCGAACGAUUCGAAGGAUUUCAAUCCAUCGAUAGAAGGAUAUUCCUUCGAUCAGGAAGUUGUUAGGAUGCCUAUGGGGACCUUCCCCAUAGGCUAACAUUGACCUCGGUAGGUUUUAGGUGGCGAACUAGGGGGUCGAAGAAUUUUUUAAAGAGACAGUACUUCGACUAUCGAAUAGUCGAACGAUUUUUAUUUUGAAUCGUUCGAUUUGUGGUCGAAGUAACCCAUUCGAUGGUCGAAAGUAGCCAUAUUCGACCAUUCGAAAUUCAAACUUUUUUUCCUCUAUUCCUUCACUCAAACUAAGUAAAUGGGCCCCUACAUUUAUCGUUUACAGAUUCUUUUAUGAUUUUAUUUACAUUUUUAUUAAUCUGUGUGCACACAGAAUAAGCUGUGCCCCCUUGCUUUUUCCAGGCUCUUUUAAGGAGCAGUUGUUCUUAAAGGAAUAGUUCACUUGCAAGACCGUGCACAUGCUCAGUGUGGUCUGGGCGGCUUAGGGAUCGCCAUAAAUGAUCAAAACAGCACAAGUCAAAUAAUAUCUGCCAG